GCCGUGCGUGCUUUGUAUCAUGACCACUCACUGGUCAUGAUCAGUGUUUUGGUUAUUUGCCAAUAUAUUCUUGAGGAAAAGGAAACUGAACAUUUUGGACAGUCGAAGGCGUACAGAUGAAUUCUUCGAAGUUUUUCUCUGCUUGAAGAAUUGAAGCUUUUAUGCCAAGAUGUGAAAACUGAGUUCUGUUGUGAAAAUUGACGUAGCCGUCUUGGUUUGCUCCUUUGGUCACGUUUUUGGCUUUUCUGCGUGAAGAUGGAAUCAAGGGCUGACCACGUACUUCUAACAUUCGUAGCUGGAGAAUCAACCGGUUUACAGUUUUUCUCCAUUGUGGUUACAACAAAUGACACCAGGCAGCAGCAACUAACAGGCAUUUCUACAUGCUGUGCUAAGACAUCUACAGCUCCUUUGGAAAGACUGAAAAUACUGUUUCAGGCUCAGAACCGUCAUUACAAGGACAUGGGUGUUUUACGAGCUUUAAGAGUCAUUUACCAGAAGGAAGGAGCUUUGGGUUAUUACAGAGGAAAUGGUGCACUGAUGUUACGAGUAUUUCCAUAUGGUGCUGUUCAGUUUGUGUCAUAUGAACAGUACAAAAAGGUCAUUGGUCCAAGGUGUGAUAAUUGCUCAGUGAGUAAACUCUUCUCUGGGUCUCUUGCAGGUAUUACAGCCUGUUCAUUUACUUAUCCCUUGGAUGUUGUUCGCUCACGCCUGGCAUUUCAAGUGGCUGAUGAAAAAAUAUACUGUGGUGUAUGUCAUGUAAUUCGCCAGAUAGUCACCACAGAGGGAGGAUUUACAGCUCUUUACCGAGGAUAUGGAGCUACAGCACUUGCAAUGAUUCCAGCUGUUGGUUUUGGCUUCUUUGCUUAUGAGAGCUUAAAAGACUUCAUCCUGGCAAUGAAUGGUGCGUUAACAAAGGUGAACAAGGAAGAUCAAGCAGUUCUCACCCCUUUGGGUGGACUUAUGUGUGGUGCUUUUGCUGGGGCAUCAUCACAAACAGUCGCAUAUCCUUUAGAUGUUGUUAGACGACGCAUGCAGCUUGCUGGAGCAGUAUCUGAUGGUUACAAAUACAGUGGCUGUAUCAACACCUUUGUAACAGUGUACAUGGAAGAUGGUGUAAGAAAAGGCUUGUACCGAGGCUUAUCAAUCAACUACUUGAGGGUAGUGCCACAAGUGGCAGUCAUGUUCAGUGUGUAUGAACUGACCAAGCAAUAUCUGAGUCAAGAGGUAACCAGUCCAAGGAGCGAGUGACUGGUGUAUGUCCCGUCUGACUCAAUGAAAGACAACUCAAUGAAGGUUGUAAUUCAACCAAUACGGUAAAGCACCAUUGACCAUCAUCUGGCAAUUCUUUUUUUGUUCUAGCAUGACAUUGGAAAAGAUUUUCAGAAUGUUUUUCAGGAAAAACAAAACAACAUCUGAUGACCAGUGAUUAAAAAUUUUGUAAUACUGGAAGCUCUUUCAAAUGUUGAGUGGUGAACAGAAAUGUGGGGAUAAGCUAUUACGCAGCCAAGAGAACACAUUUUAUUGAUACUGCAUAACCAAGCUAGGUGUAGCGCUCGUGUAAGGCAUUUCUAGAACACGUGAUCUGUCACUGGUGAAAAAUGUGAGUAUAUAAAAUGAUUAACAUCAGUGGAAAGAGUUUGACGAAAUUAGAUUGCAAUUACUAUGAGACAUCUUAUCAGGCAAGGAAUAACAUAUCUUGAUAACAAGAGUUAACAUUAUUUUCAUAUUGCUCUUAUGGUCGGGAUAGCGGUAAAUAGGUCGCUCGUUUCUGGAAAACGACAACACUUUUUAAUGAUGCUACAAGAUCAUUAGCAUCAACAAAGAAAGCAUUUGCAAAAAUGUUUAAAUUCUGUAGCGUAUGGAAUAUUAAUUAUGGGCCCGGAAUGCUUGUCUUGCUACUUUGGUUGAGCACAGAAUAAAAAGUAUUUUUUCCUCUUGGA